AUCUCUUUGGAUCCGUGACCCGCAUUGGAGAGUCAUUCAGAAUCAUGGAUGUCAGAGCCAUGGAGGUCACGGCAUGCUUGGUCGCUGUGUGAAUGGGGUUGGUGAGUCCGUGCGCUCUUCCGCGACCCUUUCCGCAUCGUCAUCUUCUGCGAUCUGGUAUCAUCAACACCAACACGUAGCCUUUCCUGCGCAAUCCCACGACUGCAGGCCUAAGUUGAUAACACUGGCCCAAACCGGCGAUACUCUACAACUAUCGGGCAUUGUUUUACCCCCACAAGCGCCACCAUGAUCAAGCACACGAUGAUAUCCCGGCUUGAUGGCCUACUACUCACAGCCUCAGUCGACGAUGAACAGAACGACGCAGAGUUCAAUGAGGUCAAGGCCAAAGUCAAGCUUGUCCAGCGCCGUCUGAGCCGUAACGCUGAGCAACAAGCGAGCAUAGAGAGCGGAAACUACACAUAUCACUACAUAAUCGAAGGCGACCUUUGCUUCCUCUGCAUAUGCGACAGGUCCUACCCGCGCAAACUCGCCUUCACAUACCUCUCCGAUCUCCACCGCGAAUUCACCACUACAUACCAACCGCAUCAGUACCUCUCGCCAACAUGCCGGCCCUACGCCUUUGUCGAGUUCGACACCUUUAUCCAGCGCUCAAAGAAGACAUAUCAAGACGCGAGAGCGACACAGAAUCUAGACAAGCUGAACGAUGAGCUCAAGGACGUCACAAAGGUCAUGACCAAGAACAUUGAGGAUCUGCUGUACCGUGGGGACAGUCUGGAGAGGAUGGGUGAUAUUUCGAGUCGGUUGCGCGAAGAUAGUAGGAAGUACAAGAAGGCUGCUGUGCGCAUCAAUUGGGAGCUGUUGCUAAAACAGUACGGACCCAUUGGCGGGUUGGCUUUCAUAAUCAUCGUCUUCAUCUGGUGGAGAUUCUUCUAGGGGUAUGCAUGCAGCGAGUCGGUG